AUGGCACGACCAAAGACCAAGAAAGCUCAGAAGACUAUCAACGACUCAGAUCCCCUGCCCACAGCUCCAACUGAGUCUGAACUUCCAAGGUUCCCUCUCAACCGUAUGCCGGUGGAACUAGUUCACAUGAUCUUUAGCUACCUCACACCGACUCAAGUAGCUAGUAUACGAUUUAUGAGCAAGAUGCUCGCUGCAAUCGGCCUCGAGUACAUCGCUACAACGGUCACACUCACACUCAAAGAGGACAGCUUCGACCGACUACUGGAGAUAGCUUACCAUCCUGUCAUCAACAAGUUUGUGCACAGCCUGCAUUACGAGCACGACUUCUUUACGGAUUUAGAACGAACAGAAUGGGAGCGUAACAUCAAAACGCCAGAAUUUAUGGCCGUUCGAAAACGGUGUUCCGGCAUUCCAGUUCCCACCUUCAAUGCUAGCCAACGGGCCUGGCGAGCUUAUCAUCGCGGGCGUGGUGCUCUCAAAGCUUGUAACACGUACGGCAAAAAACGACUAGAUCAGGCUUUCUCGACCUAUCAAAACUAUUGCGCAGAACAGGACCGCGCUUGGCGAUCGGACUUUUUUUCCAGCAAAUUGACAGAUGCACUUCAGCAUCUUCCAAACUUGAGAACAAUCUACAUGCCAAAGCACGGCAAUUAUUCCCGCUAUCAAAAAGAAAUUGCCCAACUUCUCAAUGGCGCCUUUUACGAUCAGCCAUCCAUUGAAUCGGAUAGUGUUGCUGUUACUCGCUCACUACUGCUUGCGGUGGAUGAAGCCAUUCACGGAGGUCAAAACGUGAACACUCAAGCCGGCAGCGCUGGUAGUGAACCUGCUCGGAAGGCAAGUAGCCGGGAUUCACGCAAUGCCAAUUACAACGCUCCGACAGCCAGCAACCAGGUCAGUGCUAGUCUAGGUGGCAGGACACCGAAUGGCGGCUAUCUACGAGGAAAUGAUUCAGAAGGCAGCAACCAGCGUGUUCUUCGAGUCGGUAACUUUAUCUCUGGGUCCUUCAAUUGGAGACUCCUCUUGGAGGGCGAUAAGGUCUUUGUAGCCAUGAAGAGAAGCAUAUCUCACCUCACCAAACUCGGCAUACAUCUUCUCGACGAUUGUUGGAUCAAAGAGACCAGGCCACAUUUCGCAUCCCCAAGCGACAUGGAAGCUCAAAGACAAUGUUUGAUCAAAGGACGUUUCCCCGAAUUUAUGAAUUCGGCGCCUGGUCUCGAAGGGCUAAGCCUCUCCAUCGGUCCAAACAAUUUUUGCCGUCUAAUGGUUGUCGUCGGCUUGUGCCACUGGCCUUUUUUGAAGACGGUUCGCUUUCAAGGUUUCAGAGUCGGUAUUCAUAGCCUAGAGGGAUUCUGUUCGAGACACUCUUCCACGCUUUCCAACCUCUCACUAGGGGAUCUUGAAGUGGAUGAAUCAUCGUCACAUCCAGGAAAAGCCUCUUCCUACACAGUGUUUACCACGAUUCGUGAGACCACGAAGCUAAAAGAAGCCAGCGUGUAUGGGGUCUUCGAUCUAAUAUCGCAGCUCUGGAACAUGGAUGACCAUAGAGAUGUCCGUCGCGCAAGUGGGACGCUGAUCGGACGAUACCUCGUGGGUGAAGGGGGCGAUAGCAGCCUCGAGGAUUACUUGAAGGAGGAGCGCUCAAGGAUUGCCGAGCAGGAAGGGGAAUCUUUAGUCAGCGACAUCGACGCAUCACAUAUGAACGUGUGGACAAGUGAGAGUGAGGAUUCUUUGAGCGAAAGCGACGACUACGUAGGAACGGGAGCUCGAUUAUGGCCAUGA